AUGACUUCUCACAAACCGGACCCCGAAUUGACCGUCUUCCGGGGCUUGCAUGAUGUGGGCUAUACCUCCUCUCCGUUCGUGACGAAGCUUGAAACUCGAUUACGUUUCGAGAACGUUGCAUACCGCGUCGACGUAGGUUCCGUGACGAAAGCUCCACGAGGAAAAGUUCCAUAUGUGUCUAUGAAACAUGCAGAUGGGCAGAUCGAGAUCAUGUCAGACUCGACGCUCAUUACAAAGGCAUUGAUCGAAUCGGGAACAUUGGAAGAUCUAAAUGCAUACCUUUCCCCUGCUGAGAAACUGAGCGAGAUCAGUUUGAGAGCCUUGUUUGAGGAAAAGCUCUAUUACUACCAGGGAUACGAAAGAUGGAUAUUGAACUAUUACGCCAUGAGAUCCAAGAUCCUGGGUUCCUUACCGUGGCCAAUCCAAGCCGUGGUGGGGAAUAUUGUCUACCUCAAGUUCAAGCUUACUCUGUCAGGUAUGGGAAUCCUAAGAUUCAAUGCUGAUGAGAUUGCCGAGUUCCGCCGAGAAAUCUGGGAGACCGCAAGCAAUCAAUUGGUGGCGGUCCGCGCCCAAAGCCAGGAUCGGGAAGGCCCCUUCUGGCUGUGGGGUGGUGACGGCCCGACCGAAGCCGAUACCGUUCUGUUCGGGUUUAUUGUUUCAAACCUGAUUAGCGCUGCGGGCCCGGACUCUACUGCCACUAUCAAGAGUUAUCCUGUUCUUGUUGACUACGCGCGUCGGGUCCAUGAUCAGUACUUUCCUGACUACGAACCUUGGGAAUAG